AUUUUAAUUUGUGAACAUUAUCAUUAGUAUUUUCCUCAUAAAUAUUCUGUAUUUACUUAAUAUUAGUUAAUUUACUGUUUGUGAAUAAUUGUGAAAGUAAGACCUUUAUUCAGAAUAUAUAUUAUUGAUUGACUGUAUUGAUAUGACUGUACCUUAUAUCUUUGCCAUAGUGUACUACAAUUAUUGACAUUUAAAAAUAAAAAUAAAUAAUAGUGUUGAAAGAUCAAUGUUAUUAAAUAACAUAAUUAUCACAUUGCAUGGAAAAGUGAAAAAAAGUAAAAGUUUCUGUUCUCUUGGCUACCAGAUUUUUGCAAUUUAUUAAAUUAUUUAGUAAGCCCAUAACAUUAUUAAAUUAUUUUAAGCCCAUAACAUUUAUAGCAAUUAUGAAGUUUAACCUUUAAUUUUAUUAUUAACUAUUUCUCUUCUUUUUGUUGUUGUUGUUGUUGUUAUUGUUGCAAGAUUCAAUGUACUUAUCCUUUUUAGUAGGUAAAACUUUAAUUUUACACAAUGUCUCAGCAUUCAGAAAAAGAGUGUAUUGAUGCUAGCACAACAAAUAUUGGUUUUUGCACAUCUCCUUUAAAUAAAUUUGUAUGGAAUAUGGCUAACACAAGAGUAUUAUUAGAUUUAUGGAAAGAUAAUUACAAAGCAUUAACAUCUGCAAGAAGAAACACAAAUAUUUACAAACAAAUGGCAGCUGAAUUUUCAAACACAUUUAAUAUCGUACCUCCGUUAACUGGAUAUCAAAUUCAAUCUAAAAUUGGUAAUUUGAGGAAGCAAUUUAGACGAGAAAAACUUCAAGUUGGUUCAUCGGGAGGAGCUCCUAGUAAAUUGCGGCCUUAUGAUAUUGUUGCCAAAAUAAUAGGUAGUGAAGCUUCCCUUGACAAUGACCUUUUAUCUCAAAGUCAAAACUUUUUUACUCAAGAUUUUCAAGAUGGUCAGAUUGCCACAAUAGAAGAUGGCAAGGAGACUGUCAGUAUUUUAAAUAUUGAAGCUUUGGAUGAUACAAGUGAUGUGCAAUCAAUUGUCACUAUUCCUGAUGAGGAACCAACUCAAUCUACAUUCGGCUGCAAUAAACGAAGGAGCUCUGAUGAUGAAAAAACUUUGAAUAAAAUAGCAAAAACUGAACCGGUGAAAAAAAACGAUGCAAUUGAAAAUGCAUCUAAAGCCCAAGUAGAUGUGUCUAAAGCCCAAGUAGAAUAUUAUAAAUUUUUAAUAAAAAAAUAAGGUGCUCUAUUAGUCAAGAUAUCUUUUUAGUAAUUAUGUUAAAGUUGAAAGGUCAGUAUUUUUUCAACAGUAUACCUUGUUUACAAUUCUAUGCAAUAUAUAUUUCAUAAGGUUUUUCAAUGUUUUAACUAAAGAGAUGGUUAGUGAAAUAUUGUACAAGCUUGUAGAUGAAGCUCUAUUUAUAUAUAUUUUUUCAUGUUACCAUAUUACUUUUAUCAAAGAAAUUUUUACUUUAUGUAAAAUAAAAAUGUUUUGUGAUUUCAAGCAUUAAAAUGCAUAUCUGGUGGUAUUUUUUAAAUUUGUCAUAUUAUUUUAUAAAUACCUUUUUUUGUAUCUCUAUGCUAUAUAUAUUUAGUAUUUUUACCAAAUAAUUUUUUUUUGCGAUAUGAAGCAAGCCUGUAGAUGAAUUAUAGUGAUAUGUUUUUUGCCAACGUGUUUUGUUUUUAAUUUAUACAAAUUGCAUUUCAUGUUUCAUUUUUGUUUUUGUUAACAGAUCAUGCUGUAUCAAUUUUAACAAAAUGGUUUUUAAAAAUGUGUUUUAAUUUCUCUUGAAUUGUAAUAUAAUAAGUAUUAUAUUUAUUUAAUAUAUUUAUAUAGUUUUAAUAGCUUUUUAGGGAGACAUCUGUAAAGGAAAAAACUAUUGGAAAAUUAUGGAAAGCGUUUUGGCCGUACUUCGAUCAAGAAGUAGAACAUUAAUCAAUGAUGAAUCAAUCACCCAUUUUCAUAUUUAGAUUUAGCUUCCUUUAAGUUAAAUCAACAAGGGUAUCUGAUUGAAAGAAAAGUUUGGGUUAGGCCGAAAAGUUCUCAAUGGUUUAAUGAGAUUUUUAAUCAAAUGGAGGAAUGUGAAUUUAAAGAGCAUUUUCGAGUAAACCGUAACACAUUUAAUUUCCUAGUUAAUGAAUUGCAUCCACAUUUAGGCCAAACUACCACAACUAUGCGAGAACCUAUUUCAGUAGUAAAACGUGUUGCAGUUGCAUUACAUUAUCUAGCUUCAUGUGAAGAGUAUCGUGUUGUGUCUAGCCUUUUUGGCAUAGGAAAGUCAACAGCAAAUUUAAUUGCUCAUGAAUUUAUUAAUGCUGUUAAUGACAUUUUGCUCCCUAAAUAUGUUAAAUUUCCAUUGUCAGUGGAAAAUUUAAAUAAUCAUAGUAGAGAUUUCGAAGCUAUUCUUGGUUUUCCUCAAUGCGUUGGAGCUGUUGAUGGAUGCUACAUCCCUAUUUUAGCCUCUAAAGAUCAAGCAAUUUCUUAUUAUAAUUAUAAAGGGUGGUAUUCCAUUGUACUUUUUUCCAUUGUAGACUGUCGAUACCGUUUCAUUUAUACAAGUGUUGGAUCGCCUGGUAAAAAUAAUGACAGCUAUAUUUUGCAUAAUUCUUCUUUGAAAGCAAUUUUAGAAUCAAGUCUAUUUGAUAAAUGUUGUAAAGAGCUUGGCGAUUCUCUUGUUCCGCUAUGUUUGAUAAGUGAUUCAGCAUCUCCUUUAACGCGUCAUUUGUUAAAACCUUAUCCUGAAAAUUCGGAGCUUAGUGAAAUUCAAAAAAAUUUCAAUAAAAUACUUUACGGAGCUAGAAGAGUAGUUGAGAAUGCUUUUGGGCGCGUUAAAGCUCGAUUCGGUGUAAUUUGCAAACGUAUGGAAUGCGAUAUUAACUUUGCUACAAGAAUUGUUAAUGCUUGCGUCACUCUUCACAACAUUUGUGAAUAUUAUGACGAUAUUAUUAUAAUAGAAUGGCUUAUGCAUCAUCAUGAUGACAGUCUAGCUCAACCCAAUACAGUUUCUACAACAGGGAACAAUGGACCAGAAAAAAAUGUUCGUGACUCAAUUGCUAAAUACCUUUAUGAAAGGGACAAGUAAAGUAGUAAUAAUAUUAUUUAUUAUUUAAAGCUUUAGCUGUAAUAUGGUUAUGUAUUUACUUACUUUCCUUGAGGUUA